AUGGAGGUCAGCCCUACGGCCAUCACGGACCGCCGCAACAUCACGCUCAGUAUUACCCUCCCCAAGGCCCUCCGCCCCCCGGGUCUUACAGCCAUUCGCCGCAACUCCCUCCACGACCCUAUAGUCAUUCGCCACACCAUUCCGGGUCUUACGGAUACCAUACGCCAUCCCCCCAGCCAUCACCACAACCGUACGGCUAUCGACCUACAUCUCAGCCCUAUCCGUCGCAUCAGCAUAAUCUUAGUAGUUCCCGCAAUGAUCCUGGCCGCUCCUCUUCACCGCAUGUGGCACCCCCGCCUCCCCCAGAAUCUCCAACAUUUCGGGUCAGGGGCGCCGUCCAAUUAUCAGUUCCAAUACUCGGCCUGUACGGGACGUCGCAAGGCUCUUCUAAUCGGAAUUAAUUAUACCGGCCAGCCAAACUCUUUGCGCGGCUGUAUCAACGAUGUCACCAACAUGUCCACUUUCUUGCACGAGCGAUUUGGGUAUCGUCGGGAGGACAUGGUCAUCCUAACUGAUGACCAGAAGAAUCCGAUGAGCAUCCCAACCAAGCAAAACAUUCUUCGCGCGAUGCAGUGGCUCGUCAAAGAUGCCCAGCCUCACGAUUCACUGUUUAUUCACUUCUCUGGACACGGUGGCCGUACACCGGACUUGGACGGCGACGAGGACGAUGGAUAUGACGAUGUCAUCUAUCCAGUCGACUACCGCACAGUCGGCCAUAUAGUAGACGACCAAAUGCACGACAUCAUGGUCAAACCCCUCCGGCCUGGUGUGCGACUGACCGCGAUUUUCGACUCAUGCCACUCAGGUACCGCAUUGGAUCUACCGUACAUCUAUUCGACCCAGGGUGUCCUCAAGGAGCCUAACCUGGCCAAGGAGGCCGCGCAGGAUCUGUUCAGCGCGAUUAGUUCCUACGGACAGGGUGAUCUGUCUAGUAUGGCGAACACGGCCAUCGGGUUCUUUAAGAAGGCGGCCAAUGGCGGACAGGCGCGUCAACGCACUUUGCAAACCAAGACAUCGCCGGCCGAUGUGGUUAUGUUCUCGGGAUCUAAAGAUACACAGACCUCGGCCGAUACGUUCCAGGACGGACAGGCGCGUGGAGCCCUCAGCUGGGCAUUUAUCAAAUCUUUGAAACAAUGGCCGCAGCAAUCUUAUCUGCAGCUGUUGAAUGCCAUUCGGGCGGAGCUCGACGGCAAGUAUACUCAAAAGCCGCAGCUGAGCUGCAGCCAUCCUCUUGAUGUCAAUUUGCGCUUUGUUAUGUAG